UGAGGUGAUGACGUGUCAAGAAGGUGCCGGAAGCACCGUUUUCGCUCCGAAAAAUGGCUUACCAGACGAUCCGACAGGAAUAUUUACAGAUUCCAGUGGUCACAAGAGCUUACACGACCGCCUGCGUACUCACGACAGCCGCCGUGCAAUUAGAACUCAUCACACCAUUCCAACUGUACUUCAACCCUGAUUUAAUAUUAAAAAAUUAUCAGGUAUGGCGGCUAAUAACCAACUUUUUGUUUUUUGGUCCGGUGGGGUUCAACUUCUUAUUCAACAUGAUAUUUUUGUAUCGGUACUGUCGGAUGCUGGAGGAGGGAUCCUUCAGAGGCAGAACCGCUGACUUUGUCUUUAUGUUCCUCUUCGGUGGCCUUCUUAUGACUAUAUUUGGCACGUUUGUCAACCUUGUGUUCUUAGGUCAGGCUUUUACCAUUAUGCUGGUGUACAUCUGGAGCAGGCGAAACCCGAAUGUGCGCAUGAAUUUCUUUGGCCUUUUAAAUUUCCAAGCGCCCUUCUUACCAUGGGUGCUUAUGGGAUUCUCUCUGCUGCUGGGAAACUCCAUCAUUGUGGAUCUUUUAGGCAUUGCUGUGGGACACGUGUACUACUUUCUGGAGGAUGUGUUUCCCAACCAACCAGGUGGUGGCAGAUGGCUGAGGACUCCCUCCAUUCUAACACAAAUGAAGAUUGUCCAUUCAAUGCUAGUGGAUGGUGACCAAAACUUUGAAGCUCCAAAAAGCACAAAAGGCAGCAUAAAAGAAAAUGCUCUUUGACACACCAGAGGAAGAUGCCAACUACAACCCACUUCCUGAGGAGCGUCCAGGAGGCUUUGACUGGGGUGAGGGUCAGAGACUCGGAGGCUAGUCUAAGCACUCUUGUGCCUGUCACUCCAUGGACAUCUCUGAGAACAAGGAAAAAUGUGUUUCUCUUGUGCUGUACAAAAGAACAGGAGCUCCACUCACUGAACUAGAGGAAGACUUGCAGUUUGCGUACAUGGAAAUCAUCUGCCUCAAAAUAUCUGCGAGACACAUACCGCACCUCUGACUGUGGAUUUAACAAAGGAACUGACUUUUGAUAUGUUGCUGUGGCCAUUUCUGUCCAGCACAACAGUGAUUCCAAAUGGAGCAGCUGUGAAAGGAAAAAUACCUGAUAAUCAACAGGACAGUUGUAAUUUUACUCUUUUAAGUAUAAAUGUAUGUUAAAAAACA